ACGUGCCCAGGGUAAGGGUAGAUUCGCUCCGUGUCCCAAACAGCAUCUCUUUCCAUAGCUAGGGUUUAUCGAGUGGAGAACCUUGCUCCUUUGCUUUACUCUCCAUUUCCGUUGUUGCAGACACACGCUCACAGUCACAGAGAGAGAAUGUUGGACAUCAAUUUGUUCAGAGUAGAGAAGGGCGGCAAUCCUGAUCUCAUCCGCGAAUCUCAACGGCGUCGUUUCGCCAAAGUCGAGCUCGUCGACGAGGUCAUCAAGAUCGACAAAGAAUGGCGUCAACUUCAAUUCGAGCUCGAGAAUCUUCGCAAGGACUUCAACAAGAUCAACAAGCAAAUCGCUCAGCUUCGAAUUGCGGGUGAAGACACCUCUGAGAUGAUUAAGAAUACAGAGGAUAAUAAGAAGUCGGCAGCAGAGAAAGAAGCUGAAGUCCGGGAAGUUUUGAAACAAUUGAAUGCAAAAUUGGAAAUAAUUGGAAAUCUCGUUCAUGAUUCAGUUCCAGUCAGCGACGAUGAGGCAAACAAUGCAGUGGUCAGAUCAUGGGGUGAGAAACGGUUGGAGCCAAAACUAAAGAAUCAUGUUGAGCUUGUUGAGCUCCUCGGUAUUGCAGAUUUGAAGAAAGGUACUGAUGUAGCUGGAGGUAGAGGUUUCUACUUGAAAGGAGAUGGUGUGCGUCUUAACCAAGCUCUGAUUAACUUUGGUCUUGAUUUUUUGGAGAAAAGAGGAUAUACAGCAUUGCAGACUCCAUUCUUCAUGAGAAAAGAUAUCAUGGCAAAGUGUGCUCAACUUGCACAAUUUGAUGAAGAACUUUACAAGGUGACAGGAGAGGGAGAUGACAAAUAUCUGAUUGCUACAGCUGAACAGCCACUCUGUGCGUAUCAUUUGGAUGAUUGGAUCCAUCCUUCUGAGCUGCCCAUAAGAUAUGCUGGAUACUCAUCUUGCUUCCGUAAAGAGGCUGGUUCACACGGUCGAGAUACUCUGGGAAUAUUCAGAGUUCAUCAGUUUGAGAAGGUGGAGCAGUUUUGCAUUACUGGCCCAGAUAAUGGUGAAUCUUGGGCCAUGCAUGAGGAAAUGAUCAAAAACUCUGAGGAUUUCUACCAGACGCUAAACCUCCCCUAUCAAAUUGUUGCCAUCGUUUCUGGUGCUCUGAAUGAUGCAGCUUCAAAGAAGUAUGAUUUGGAAGCAUGGUUUCCUGCAUCUCAGACUUACAGAGAGCUGGUGUCCUGUUCAAACUGUACAGACUAUCAGUCCAGAAGAUUGGAAAUUCGAUGUGGGCAGAAAAAGAACAAUGAGCAAGCAAAGAAAUAUGUCCACCUAUUGAACUCUACUCUCACAGCAACAGAGAGAACCAUGUGCUGCAUUCUUGAGAACUACCAAAGGGAGGAUGGUGUUGAGGUACCAGCAGCUUUACGAGAAUUUAUGGGUGGAAAGUCCUUCCUACCUUUCAAGAACAAACCUGCCAGUGAAGCCAAAGGGAAGAAACCGAAGGCCUAGUUUAUUAUUUUACUAAACUUUGAUUGAGAAUUACUUAUAAAAUAACUAAAACUUUGAAUGGGCGAAAACAACACGAAAUUAUAUUGUUUUGAUGCUUUGUUCAGAAAUUGGAAAACCUAAUUUUGUGAUUAACGUCUUCAAGUUGAUCAUAUUUAUUA